GGGCCCUACGCGGCCGCCGGGGCCGGCCGGGGAGCCCGCUGGGAGGAGCCCCGCGAUGUCGGGGGUCCCGGAGCCCCCGCCGUGCGGCGGAAAUGCUGUCCGGGACCCCGCCGGCCUGUGGCUGGAGCUCGGGCCCUCCUGCCCCGAAGCGCCGCGCUGCCCCAGCGAGUCGAGUGGCCCUACUAGCGGCGACCUGGGCACAAGCAGCGGCGGCAGCAGCAGCACGGGGCUGUCCCCCGGUUCCGACUCGGACAGCAGCGGCGUGGUGUGCGGCGGCCGCGCUGCGGGCAUGCGCGGCGCCCCGUCGCGCUCCCGGAGCUUGGAGAGCCUGCGCUCGGCCUCCGCGGGGAUGCCGGACGGAACUCUGGACACCGUGUGCGCAGAGGAAACGGGCAGUGAGGAGGACCUCUAUGGAGAGCUUCACCCGCCUGGCCACCACUACAGCCACCCCAGAGGAGGCGGAGAGCAACUGGCCAUCAAUGAGCUCAUCAGUGAUGGCAGUGUGGUGUGUGCUGAAGCCCUGUGGGACCAUGUCACCAUGGAUGACCAGGAGCUGGGCUUCAAAGCUGGGGACGUCAUCCAAGUGAUGGAUGCCACCAACAAGGAAUGGUGGUGGGGCCGCGUGGCUGACGGCGAGGGGUGGUUCCCCGCCAGCUUUGUACGGCUACGGGUGAACCAGGAUGAGCCCGCGGAUGACUACGAGGCCCCGCGGGCCGGGGCUGGAGAGGCCGAUGACAGUGUUCCAGAGGCCCAGAGCUGCAAGGACCAGAUGCGCACCAACGUCAUCAAUGAGAUCCUCAGCACCGAGCGGGACUACAUCAAGCACCUUCGGGACAUCUGCGAGGGCUACGUCCGCCAGUGCCGCAAGCGGGAGGAUAUGUUCAGUGAAGAGCAGCUGCGGACCAUCUUCGGGAACAUCGAGGACAUUUACCGCUGCCAGAAGGCGUUUGUGAAGGCUUUGGAGCAGAAGUUCAACACGGAGCGGCCACACCUGAGCGAGCUGGGUGCCUGCUUUCUGGAACACCAAGCAGACUUCCAGAUCUAUUCUGAGUACUGCAACAACCAUCCCAAUGCCUGUGUGGAACUCUCCCGGCUCACCAAGCUCAGCAAGUAUGUGUACUUCUUUGAGGCCUGCCGGCUGCUGCAAAGAAUGAUCGACAUCUCCCUGGAUGGCUUUCUGCUGACCCCGGUGCAGAAGAUCUGCAAGUAUCCCCUCCAGCUGGCAGAGCUGCUCAAGUACACACCGCCCCAGCACAGGGACUUUAAGAAUGUCGAAGCUGCCUUGCACGCCAUGAAGAAUGUGGCCCAGCUCAUCAACGAGCGGAAACGGAGACUUGAAAACAUCGACAAGAUUGCCCAGUGGCAGAGCUCCAUAGAGGACUGGGAGGGGGAAGACCUCCUGGUCAGGAGCUCGGAACUUAUCUACUCGGGGGAGCUGACCCGUGUCACACAGCCUCAAGCCAAGAGUCAGCAGAGAAUGUUUUUUCUCUUUGACCGUCAGCUCAUCUACUGUAAAAAGGAUCUGCUCCGCCGGGAUGUGCUGUACUACAAGGGCCGGCUGGACAUGGACAACCUGGAGGUGGCAGACGUGGAAGAUGGGAAAGACCGAGACCUCCAUGUGAGCGUCAAGAACGCCUUUCGUCUGUACUGUGCUGCCACGGGGGACAGCCACUUACUGUGUGCCAGGAAGCCAGAACAGAAGCAGCGCUGGCUCAAGGCCUUUGCCAGGGAGAGGGAGCAGGUGCGGCUGGACCAGGAGACAGGCUUCUCCAUCACUGAGCUGCAGAGGAAGCAGGCCAUGCUGAAUGCCAGCAAGCAGCAGGCCACAGGAAAGCCUAAAGCUGUUGGCAGGCCACGAUACCUGACGCGCCACAAGCAUCCAUCCUUGCCUGCCAGCCGGCCCCAGCAGCAGGUGUUGGUGCUAGCAGAGCCCAGGCGGAAGCCAUCUAACUUCUGGCAGAGCAUCAGCCGACUGACGCCCUUCCGAAAGUGAGCCAGCGGUCAGCGGACUACCUGACAGCAUGCUGCAGACCUGGCCUUACCUCUCUGAGGCCUCCUCCAUCGGGCCCCCUGCCUGUUUUGCAAACUGGAAGUGAGCAGGUACAGCAUCAGAGCUGAGGCAAGUCUGGGCCCUCCCUGCCUCUGGCCUCUUCCCCAUGGCUAGUGCGGCGUUGCAUGGGUGCCAGCCUCUGCCUAUGCUCUGGACCUGCGCAGAACUGCAACCAGCGGUAAGCCUGCACGCCACAGAGAUGCCUGGCCAGGCUGUGCACAUAGGCCCGUCUGCUCUGGACAUUCUUUGGAAAGGUUAUCAUCUCCACUCCUGUUUCCGCUGGACAGGAGACCAAAGUCUGUGGCCACAAGCCUCCUGCAAAAGCAGGUGUGUGCCCCUCUGCUCUCUGUCCUUUCAGGCCCCAGCCCACUUGCAACUUCAGAGGUCAGGAACCAGGAUUUCUGCAUUCCUAACUACCCGUAGCUGCCCUAUGCCUCCUGGCCCUUCUGGACACUGCUGGCUGCCGGACGCCCUCGUUCUGUGUGCAACGAGAGCAAAGCAGUGCGGUCGGCUGUGUGCCUGGCUGCAGGUUAGUGAUAGUUCCCUGUGGCCGGGUGGCUGCACACAUAUCCAGCCCCUGUGCAUUAUGAUGCUGUCGUGUUUCCCUGAACAAUGGAGAAGGCUGGUUAGUGACGCGGAAAGAUUGCCUUACCCUAGCGAGUGUGAGAAGCCAUAGGACUGAAUUCUGUGGCCCAGCGUGGACCGAUUCCUCGUGGGGCACACAGUCAGGCCUGCAUAUCAUGCAGCGCCCACAGGAUGCAGAAGCAUGGCCAGUCACUCUUGCACUGUACCUUCUCUAACCUAAAAACCACAUUUAAUUUCAUAAAGAAACUCAUGACAAGUCACCUGGCUGCUGGCCACCUGUUGCCGUGUGAAUCUCCUCUUCUGUGUGUGGGCACCCUGCCUUCCCCUUCUGCUCUUCUGCCCAUGGUCUAGCACAAGGGCUGCUCUGCUCAUUAGGCCACAGCCCGAGGCUCUGGCAGAGGUGCCCCAGGGUGGCUAGACUCACUGUGGCAGAAGCCCGGAAAGGGGCUGGGAGAGAAAGUGGGUCAGGGGGCCGUGUGCAGCAGGUGGGCGCAGACUCCUUUCCAAUGGGGAAGGGGUGGGCUCAAUGGUACUUCUGGGUCUCGGCAUCCUCCUUGCUGAACUGAGGGACCCAGGAGGCUUAUGUAGAGCUGCAGAAGCCUCCUCCUCCUCCACUACACCUAGGAGGACCCCUCUACCAAAGCCAAUCGAGGGCUGAAGAAACAGCCUCGCCCCAAUCCCCUAGUGGCCUCCUGGCUGGGAGAAGUGGCAGCAUGUGCCAGUCACACCAUCACCUCUGACAAAACUCACAUGAAAAAAAAAAAAUCAGAAUAUGCAACACAAGUCAAUCUUUAUUGAAAACUGCAGUAUUAAUACAUAACAAUUCCUGUUACAAUAAACGUGCUUUUAAGGAUUUUAAAUCUGAGCUCAUCUACUCAUCAGAUUGCAUAAAAAAUUAAAACAGUAUGAAUUUCCAUCUAAUUGAACUGGCUGGGAUGGACAGUCUGCCCGUUCCUUUGUAUUGACACUUAAGUUCAAUGAAGAGGCAAGGGAGGCCUGUAACACUGGAAGACGACGCUGACUUAAGCAUAAAAAAAGUACCAAGAAAACAGUGUAAAAAAAGAGUAUUUAAAAAUAAAAGUUUUAAAAAAGAACCUUUUCUGUUCAGUCACAGCCUAUCAGGCUCCUUGGGACCUCCAGCUGCCACAACAGCCCUGCUGGGAGCCAGUGCCCAAUCUGACCUAACUGGUCUAUUACACUGUCCACAGUCUGCACCAGACCCACCCACUGCCCUUCCCUGGAAGCUGCUUGUAUACCAUCAGGUCCUCACAGCUCACGUAGAAAUACUGCAGUCCCUGAACAGAAAAGCUGCUGCCUCCCAUCCCAUAAUUCUACUAAGAUGUAUUCCACAGGGUUUCUUCUCUUUAAAUGAACAGGAAGGGGCCAGGGAAGAGAGGAAUCCUCCAAGACAUGGGGAAUUAAUUUCACUGUUCCUACUGAGACCACAGCAUCCUCUCUGGGUAUCACUCCAUCAAACACAGAGCACUGGGCGGAAUAAGCAGCUCAGGAACUACGAAGACCUGGGGGGGGGGGGGGGGACACGAGUGUAAGUUCUGCACUCCACUGGUCAGCUAGCUGCUCUCCUGCCCCCUAGUAACCCUCAGAAAGCACCAGAGGAAAGGAACAGCAGCUGCCACAAUUGCCACUGUGCCCUGGAAAGUCCUGCGCCACCCAGCAGUAGCAGGUAUACCACAACUACAGGUAUCAGCUGCUGAGUGAGAGUAGGUGGCCCUGCAGUCAGAACUACUGUACUGCAACAUGAGGAAGGAGAGCUGAGGACAUCUGAAGCAGGCCCUUUAAGGCUGGCACUUGCCAGCAUCUCCCGACCACAGGCACACUCACAAAGGCCCAAAUCAGAAGCCAGUGAGCUCAAACCUCCCCAAGAAUAAGUUUCUUCUCACUGUUACAGGUCCCCAAGAAACAUGCAGUCUGCUCCUUCAGCCUCCUGUCACAGCAGAAUAACACAAACAAA